AUGUCGAAGAGUUCCGUGAGCGAGGCGAGCACCACCUCCGUCGGCAAGAUUCCGACGUCGCUGCUCUGGUGCCGGCUCUUCAGGCCUAAGAUCAGCGGCUGUGGAUGCGCCCUGUUAGUGCUGUGCGCGACGUGUUUUGUCGCCGCCGUCAGCAUUAACAGAGGCCUCCUGGCGUGGUCAUCCAUCUUUGCCGCAGAAACGGUUGUCCCGAAGGGAGCUAUCCAUCAAGCAGGCUGGAGAGCGGUGACGCGAAACAUUACAACCACAUCCGUUCCUACAGUCCGGACGAGGCGACCAGUUGCCAGCCACGCUAGUAUAGCGCCAGCAAAACAAGGGCUCGACCGGAGACGCCCUCGCAAAGUGGCGGCUGCCGAACGAGUCCGCCUCGACACAGAAGAAACGGAGGAGGAGGUCGUGCCACCAGUGGUCAUCUCAACAGCUGUUUCCGGUAGUAAUCAUGAGGCCUCAGGACCACACCGGCGCGGAACUGCGCGUGCGCAUCACAGGCGGUCCAGAACCGUUAGAUCCAAGUCCGUACGUGAGCCUCCGGACGAUGCGGAUGAAAUAUUCCCGGAACAGGAAACUGCCAUGCCGACGGACCUGCCUUCAGUGGCCAGGACUCCUCAGGAUGAUGGUGAUGAAAAUUCUCUUGGAACAAGCAGUGAAUCCGACUCUGGUGAAACGGUAACAGAAAGUCCGGAAACCGAAAUGUCCGGGAUGCCGAUGACAGACAUGGCUCAACCAUCUUCUCCGAGAGAUGACAAUAUGCCCGCAUCUGCUGAUUCUUCAAAGAUCACUGAAUUUAGUGCCGUAAGAAUUCUGACCAUUCGCACAGCUUAA